AUGGAUCCCGUUCUCCGCUGCUGCAUAAUUCACUAUGCUCAAGGAGCUGGAGCCGUGGCAGACCUCCUCAAUAGUAAAACCCAUGAACCAGACGCCUCCAAAGAAGAGUUCUUCUCCAAGGCUUGUCUUGUAAAAGGAAACCCAUAUAAGUACGAUGUGACUCAUUUUCUUUAUGCUGGCUCCGACUAUGUUGAGUCGUCAUGGUUCGGAUAUGUAGCAGUGGCCACCGAUGAAGGAAAGCAUGCCCUCGGCCGGAGGGACAUUUUGAUCGCUUGGAGAGGAACCUCGACAACUUCCGAAUGGCUCAAUGAUGCUCGGUUUAUAAUUCAAAGAAACGCUUCGGACCUGUUCGCCACUGCCAAAGAACAUCAUGCUACCGUACAUAAUGGCUUUCACUCUCUUUAUACUGGAACAAGACCCGAUUCUACUCAUAGCAAAACCAGUGCCAGAGAGCAGGUCCUGGACGCGGUGAAGGAACUUCUGAACAGGUACAAAGACGAGGAAACCAGCAUAACCGUGACGGGGUUUAGCUUGGGUGCAGCGCUCGCAACGCUAACUGCAAUGGACAUUGUUGCUAAUGGUUAUAACAAGCCUUCCACCGGAAACCGAAACAAGUCGUCCAUGGUCACCGCCUUCACGUACGGCGGUCCGCGUGUCGGAAACCCCGGUUUGGCACUUGUAUUUGAUACACUCGGCGAUCAACUUCAUCUUCUUCGUAUGAAAAAUGAAAGGGAUUUCGUUCCUACUCUUCCACCGGGGAUGUUCUCGUACGCUGAAUUCGGAAACAAGUUGAUUGUCAACACUCAUGAGUCGAAGUUCUUAAAAUGGAAAGGACCAUUCGGCUUAUACGCUGCUUUUCCCGACGAAUACGAAGAUGAGCUCAACGGCACAGGCUCUCUGAUGAAGACGAAGAUGGAAAUGAACCUAAACGCAAACGCACCCGUAGAGCCAUUGGCUCUUUCGAUGAAGGCGAAGAUGAAUAUGAACCUAAACGCAAGCAUCUCCGUGGAGGUAUUCCAGAGUACUAUAGUUGUCACAAUAUGGAUUUAUAUGCUCAUGGAGUUGCGAUCAAAGACAUCGAGAAGAACACUCCGGCAGACAAACUAG